ACCGCCGAACCUCACCAACCUCACCAACCCCUCAUUUGUUCGGUCAAAGAGUCGUCUGUCACUAGAGGACGACUGCGGUUGUUGGGCUCCUCUGCAUCCAUCACCAUAAUGCUGCGCAGGAUCGUUCCUUUUCGGAGCACCAGCACCACUCCCCUGUAACAAGACUCUCUGGAGCUGCCCAGUGUGAUCAGAGAGAGGGAGAGGGGGGAAAGAUAGCAGAUCAAUCAAGCAAAUUCAAUCCAUGGGAUCGACUGACUUGGCGUUGCUCUCUUCUGAGGCGUACCUCGAGGGCAGGAACGUGAAGGAAGCCAGGGGCUUAGUUUCUGAGCUCUGCAGGCACUUUUAUACCCUUGGGUGGGUCUCCGGAACAGGUGGCAGCAUCACCGUAAAGGUCCACGACGAUGCCGUGCCUAAGGACCAGCAACUCUUAGUGAUGUCUCCUUCCGGAGUUCAGAAGGAAAGAAUGGUUCCCGAGGAUAUGUAUGUACUAUCUGCAGACGGUUCUUUCUUGUCAACGCCUUCUCAAAAGCCCUACCCGCAUAAACCACCGAAAUGCAGUGAAUGUGCACCUCUGUUCAUGAAGGCUUAUCAAAUGCGUAAUGCUGGAGCUGUAAUUCACAGCCAUGGAAUAGAAUGUGUUCUUGCAACCUUGCUUCAUCCUUCUGCAAAGGAGUUCCGGAUAACUCACAUGGAAAUGAUAAAGGGAAUUCAAGGGCAUGGAUAUUAUGAUGAGCUUGUGAUCCCAAUAGUUGAGAACACUGCUCGUGAAGGAGAGCUGACAGAUUCUCUUGCUGAAGCUAUUGCAGCUUAUCCAAAAGCAACUGCUGUGCUUGUACGCAACCAUGGGAUAUAUGUUUGGGGAGACUCCUGGAUCAGUGCCAAAACUCAGGCAGAAUGCUACCAUUAUCUCUUUGAUGCUGCCUUUAAGCUCCACCAGAUGGGCCGGGAUUGGUCCAGCCCAAGUCAUGGUCUAAUAAAGGAGCUAGGAACUGUAGCAAGCUAUCCCAACCACAUGAAUGGGCUACAAAUGCCAGUUAAAAGGCACAAUGAAGCAGGGAAUCCACAUUGGAGCUGCAUUCUGCUUGACAUUGAAGGUACAACAACACCAAUCUCCUUUGUUGCAGAUGUUCUUUUCCCCUAUGCACGUCAUAACGUGAGGAAACAUUUGACCGACACUUAUGAGAGCAAAGAUACUCAAGAAGAUAUAAAGCUGUUACGUGCCCAAGUAAAAGAAGAUUUAGAGCAAGGAGUUUCAGACUCAGUAUCCAUACCAUCUGAAGAUGCGGGGAAAGAGGAUGUCAUUGACUCUUUGGUCGCCAACGUAGAAGCAAUGAUCAAGGCAGACAGGAAAAUUACUGCAUUGAAGCAGUUGCAGGGUCACAUAUGGAGAACGGGUUAUGAGAACAAUGAACUGAAAGGGGUAUUUUUUGAGGAUGUACCUAAAGCUCUUGCUCAAUGGCAUGCAAUGGGUGUUAAGAUCUAUAUAUAUUCCAGUGGUAGUAGGGAGGCCCAAAGGCUUAUCUUCGGGAAAACUGCAUAUGGUGACUUGAGGAAAUAUCUUUGUGGAUUCUUUGACACUGCAGUGGGGAGCAAAAGAGAGGCCCGAAGUUAUACAGAAAUCUAUCAGUCGCUUGGAGUAGACAAACCAUCACAGAUCUUGUUUGUGACUGAUGUCAUUCAAGAAGCGGAGGCUGCAAGUUCUGCAGGUUUGGAUGUGGUGAUCUCAGUGCGGCCAGAAAAUGCUCCUCUUCCAGAGGGCCACAAGUUCCGGACAAUACGAUCAUUUGAAGAGAUCUAAUAGCCCAAAGAUUGAGCUUCCCUUUUCAUGCUUUCAUAAGUUAUGCAGGUGACAACCUUCUGCAUGCUUGAUAAAUCAGAGAGAUGGAUGCACCAUCAAGUGUAGUUGGGUUUCCUUGGUGAUAACAAUAAAAAUGGGUUUAGCAGUGUGAAAAUUUCCAAGUGCCUGAAUAAUGCUGAGAGCAUGACAUGAAUUCAAGCGUAUACGUCACGGAAGUUGUUAACAUGUAUGCCAAUUCUGUAAUGGAUGGAGCAGUAUCUGCUUGUGGUUUUGUGGUUGGGACAA